UUAGGCUAGUCACCAAACUUUUGUUGUAAACACAUGUUAUGUAACUUAUAAUGUUUCAGUGCGACCCUCACCAGCGGUGACCAAGGCAGAUGGAUCACCACUGCCCACUGAUUCAUCUGGAAACUACGUCACCGAGGACGGAAAAACUGUUGAGAAGGACGAAGAAGGACGACCGCUUGGUCCUGACGGACAGGUGUUGCCAACAGAUCAGACCGGAAAUUACAUUUAUCCUGUUCUUGGACCUGAUGGAAAACCGUUGCCUACUGACGAGCACAGAAGACCUAUUCAUCCGGUGUUUGGUCCCGACGGUAGUCCUCUACCAACAGAUGAAACCGGACAUCCAGUGGGAGAGGACGGGCAACCUAUCCCAACAGAUUCUAGAGGUGUGCCGUUAGACGAGGAAGGAGAACCCCUGCCAACUGACAUCAGCGGUAAAUAUAUCAUUUCUGAAGAAGGCGAAGAAACACCAAGCCCGGGACUUCCAACUGACGAAAGCGGAAGUGUCAUUUAUCCCAUUAAGAAAGCAGACGGAUCCCCGCUACCUACUGAUGCCUCUGGUAACUAUGUGAUGGAAGACGGGUCGGUCAUUGAGAAAGAUGAGGAUGGUAGACCUGUUGGCCCUGACGGCACAGUGCUACCCACUGAUGAGUCUGGCAGUUACAUAUAUCCUGUACUGGGACCAGAUGGAAGACCUCUGCCAACGGAUGAACAUCAGCGACCCAUUCAUCCAGUGUUUGGCUCUGAUGGCAAACCUUUGCCAACGGAUGUGUCAGGACGUGCAUUAGGAGAAGAUGGAGAACCCGUUCCCACGGAUGCAAGCGGUCGUCCGAUAGAUAAGAACGGGCAACCAUUGCCUACCGACAACAGUGGAAAUUUCGUAAGCGUUCCAAGAGAAAAAGCCGUAGGCAAAGUGAUGCCAACCGAUGAGAGUGGUAAUGUAAUA